CGGCAUCGUAUCCAAAACGUUAUAUCCACUUUAAAAUGCUUAAACCUGCUCUAACCAUACAAGCAAAAAAUAACAGCUGUUCCCAGCUGUUAUAACCUAUUAGAAAACAGUUAGGAAAAUUAGAACAAAACGUCACGAACGUUUAGUAUCAUGGAGGAGCAAAAUAUUUCAAUUGACAUAAACACUGGGAAGUUAUUGGAAUGGCUAAUCAGUAGACGACACUGUAACAAAGAUUGGCAUGCAAACAUUUUAGUUAUCAGAGAAAAAAUUAACAAUGCGAUACAAGACAUGCCUGCUCACAAUGGGAUAGCGAAACUAUUAUCCGGCGCUUAUAUAAAUUACUUUCAUUGUUUGAAAAUAAUAGAAAUUUUGAAAGAAACUGAAGCAGACACAAAAAAUGUGUUCGGAAGAUAUGGAUCGCAGAGAAUGAAAGACUGGCAAGAAAUAGUACGGGCAUAUGAGAAAGAUAACGUGUACCUUGCAGAGAUUGCACAAAUAUUUAUAAGAAACGUUAAUUACGAGGUUCCAAGUACCAAGAAACAGAUUCAAAAAUUGGAGCAAUUGCAAACUGAAUUAACGAAGAAAGAAGCAGAAUAUAAAAAAUCAGAGAAUACAGCCAGAUCAGAGUUUAAUUUGCUCUGCAAGCAAUUAGGUAUUCAGGGCCACCAAAUUAAGCAAGAAUUAGCAGAGAAGAUAAAAGAACUUCCAGAGAUUUAUGAAAAAAUUGGGAAAAAAGUAAAAUUGAUAGAAAAAGCUGUAGAGUUUUACUGCAGUUUUGUUAAUUACACUUUGGGUAGACAACACGACGGCGGUUGUGUUCCCAUGUUAAAACAUGUAAUUGACAAAGGAAACACUACCACGUACCAAUGGAUUUAUGGGGAACCUCCAUUAUCGAUUACCGAGCCAUCUUUAAAUAUAUGUUCCGAAAACGAUGACUCGGAGAAGAAGAAAGACGAAGACAUCGAUAACGGCGGAAUUGAUUUUGGUGAAAUCAGUUUAAACGAAGGUGACGCGAAUUUGGGCGACGAUGUUAAUUUAGACGCCGGAGAAGAAAUCGAUUGGGGUGAUGGAAACGUGGAAGUCCCAGCUGAAAAUAUAGAUUACAAUAUUUCUUUGGAGGAAUCUGGUAUAGUUGUGGAAGCAGCUGGUCACGAAGGUGGAACUGCGACUGGUACCGAAGCGUACACGGUCCUCGAUAAUCCAUCUACCAGAAACGAUUUUAUCAACCAAUUAUUCGAACUGGAAGCAUUCUUUAAAUUACGUUUGUUCGAACUGAAAGGUAACGAUAGCGUGAAUUUCCUAAGCUUCAGUCAGCUGUCGGAUUCAUCCUCUAUUUUGCAACAUUCCACGUUAGAGAGCACACAGACUAUGUUAGACAACGUUCAACUUGUAUUGUCCGAGAUUUUGGAUACUAAAGUUCAAUACCUGCACAACAUUAAACAUUCUACAAGAUACGUGGAUGUUUUAGUAGCGUCGUUGAAACAAAAAUUAAGCUUAAUCGAUAAAAUGAUAGCUUCGCAAAAGAUCGUGAGACAGAAAAGAGACGAUGCGGAAGAACAAGCCAAUGCUCUUCGACCUCUCCUACAACUUGUUAUCCAAAGGACGAAGGAAUUGCAAACACAGAUAGAACAAGAUAUUUCGAAGAGAUAUAAAAACAGAGCUGUACACUUAACAGGAGGCAUAAGUAAUUUGUAAAUAAUCGAAAGGAAAACGUGGAACGCGAUUAAUGUAAAUAUGAUUCUAUCGCGAGGGAAACGGUGUGAAUGGUAUUAUAUGCUGUGUAAAGAAUUUAUUACAUACAUAAUUUAUACCUCGAUAGGUGGCUAAUCUUCUAGUGAUAUAUUAGAGAUAAAAUAAAAUGAAAUAUUAUUUUCACAUAGAUAUAUAAAUAUAUAUAUAUAUACAUAU